CCUUAAAAAUAAAAGACACGUCAUUUGGAUACAUGGAGAGGCUGAGAGAGAAUUUCUCCAUCCGGCCGGCCAGGGCCAGCAGUAUCAACCUACCUAAAUUAAGCGGCAAUUUAAUGAGACGAGAUGGUUACAUAUGAGCCGCAGCUUCUUCUUCUUCUUCUCCUGAGUGUGACGGGGCCUCCCUCCUCUAAAGUCUCAACCAUGGCCAACCAACCUCCCCCCGCCCCCCACGAUGCAACUUCCUCCCUCGACCCCUACCAAUUCCUCAGCAUCAAACCCAAUCCCGAUGGCUCCAUCACCCGACUCCGACCCAUCCCCUCCGUGCCCCCUUCUCCCGCCCCCGCCCCCGCCCCCGCCCCCGCCCAUUCCCUUUCUCUCUCCAAGGACCUCCCUCUCAACUCCUCCUUCGACACCUCCCUCCGCCUCUUCCUCCCCCAUCCUCUCCCUCCCUCUCCCCCCAAACUCCCCGUCGUCAUCUACUACCACGGCGGCGGCUUCGUCUUCUACCACCCUUCCUCCUCCAUUUUCCACGAUUCCUGCAUUGCCUUGGCCUCCCGUUUGCCCGCCCUGGUCGUCUCCGUCGACUACCGUCUCGCACCGGAGCACCGUCUUCCUGCGGCCUACGAAGACGCUGUCGAAGCGAUCGAGUGGGUCCGAAACCAAGCCCGGGAUCCCAACGCAUCCGAACCCUGGAUGAAAGACCACGCGGAUUUCUCCCGGUGCUUCCUGAUGGGAAGUAGCGCCGGAGCAAAUAUCGCCUACUUCGCUGGUUUACGCGCCACUGAUCUUGACUUGUCUCCGCUGAAGAUCCAAGGCCUGAUACUAAACUCGGCUUACUUUGGUGGCGUCCAGAGGACGGCAUCGGAGGUGAGGCUGGCGAACGAUCGCAUUCUGCCGCUGCCGGCGAACGAACUGAUGUGGGCCCUGUCUUUGCCACCUGGCGCCGACCGGGACCAUGAGUACUGUAAUCCGACGGUGGGUGAUGGGAUCUACGGGGAGAAGAUCGGACGGCUGCCAAGGUGUUUCUUGAAUGGCUACGGCGGGGACCCACUGGUGGACAAGCAGAAGGAGGUGGUGAAGAUUCUGGAAGCACGUGGAGUGGAGGUGUUCACCCAUUUCAGCGACGAUGGGUUCCAUGGAGUGGAGAUCUUUGAGCCUGCCAAAGCACAGGCCUUGUGUGAUAAUAUCCAGAAGUUUAUCUACGCCUCGGACGCAACCUCGGCUUUGUGAUUGUGAGCUCUUUCCUGGGCAUGGCAAUGCAUGAUCGUAUGGGAAGAAAUAAAUGUUGUGAAAUUAGUUAAACUAA